AUUUUGUCAAGAACAAACUGUAAACAAACACUAGAAAUCAUAUUCUUACUUUACUGUUUUUUAAUGUUUCUAUUAUAAAAAUAAUAUAAAUAUAUUACUUAUUUUACUAUAACAGAAAAUAAUUUACUAAAUAAUAAUGGCUGAAUUAAUGUUAUGCAGUAACACUGAAAUCUGUAGAACAUGUCUUGACGAUGCGCCGAGUGGGUCAUUUAUCGAUCUAUUUUCCAAAAGAGACGAUUCUGUUUCUGUGUAUGAGAUGUUGAGAGCAUGCAUUUCCAUCAAGGUGCAUCCAGAUGACGGUCUUCCAAGAAUGAUAUGCAGCACUUGUUAUGACUGUUUAGUGAGGUUUUAUAAUUUCAAAACAGUAGCAGAAAAUGUCAAUUCAAAAUUAUGGAAGCCAUUUGAAGACAACCAAAAAGAACCAGACACAAUAUCAGACAUAGAUAUAAAAACAGAAAACAACAUUCCAGCCCAUUAUGAUUCAGUUGAGAGUGAUCAUAGUACAGAUACCAAAGAGGAUAGUUUAACAAUCACCGAAUUAAAAUCAUUAGAUGAUUCAAUAGAAAACGGUACCAGUACUGAAUUAAAAUGUGAAAUUUGUAAUAAGAUAUUCAGAAAGAAAUCAAAACUAGAAACUCACAAAUUAAGGCAUCAAAAUAAUGAUUUCUCAUGUAAUUUAUGUUCAGAGACAUUUAAACACCGCCAUAAGUUCAUCAAACACCUUUUAACACAUGGCGAUGGGAACCAGGAGUUGGAAACAAAUGAAAACAAAAAUAUUAAAUGUAAUACAUGCUCGGCAAGUUUUAAAUCCGUGAACUCAUUGUCAGCACAUCAAAGAAAACAUGUGAAUAAAGAGAGAGUGCUGUCUUGUUCUAUAUGUAAGAAAACCUUUAAAAAACUUAGCCAUUUAAAAAGGCAUGAGAUGAGCCAUGACAACAACAGGCCAUAUAAAUGUUUGAAGUGCAAAAAGUCAUUCGCUACCGAAACAAUGCUUAAUGAACACAUCAACAAACACAACGGAAUCAAACCUCAUGCAUGUCCAAUUUGUUUGAAAUCUUUCUCUCAUUUGUCCACUCUCACGAAUCAUAUUAAGAUACAUGUGAGACAGAAGCCAUACUUAUGUCCGACAUGUGGUAAAAGGUUUGAUUCCAGUACAAACCUGAAUCAACAUGUUAAGAGGCAUCUGGGGUUGAAAGUGUUCGCUUGCAGUUUAUGUCCGAGGAAGUUUGUUAGUAAAGGUGAACUGAAAUGCCAUAGCACCACCCACAGUGGCGAGCGGGCUUAUAUUUGUGGCCAAUGUGGUGCAUCGUUCACCAAGCACAGCGCGUUAGCAAAACACAGACAGCGGCAUUUGGGCGUCAAGCCGCAUCAAUGCGGCGCUUGUUCAAUGAAGUUCCAAAGCAAGUAUCAUCUGGAACGUCACUACCGCAUCCACUCCGGGGAGAAGCCGUACCGCUGUGACGUGUGCGAGAGAGCCUUUGCACAGAGCAGUGAUCUCGUGCGGCACCGAAGGGCGCAUUUGGGAGACAAUCUAUAUAAAUGCACAGUAUGCACUCAAAGUUUCCGGCUUAAGUCUGAGUUGCAGCAGCACGUGUCCGAGCAUUUUGUGACGUCACAAUUGCAAGAGUACCCCAUGGUCACCGAGGACAAUGCCAAAAUAAUUGUGAACAGCCAAACUGUGAUUAAAUUUGAUAACAUUAAUAAAGAAGGAAUAAAUGGGCUUAAUGUUAUAGAAAAAUAAUGUAUCCAAAUACUAUAAAUGUUAGAGAAGAAAAAGUAUUAAAAAAUAUAUAUCUAUGUCCCUUUAAAUAAUGCAAAAAAUAUUAAGUAAAAAAAAAUAAUUAUAUAAUUCAAUAAGGAUGUAAAGAUUUUCUCUUAUGCUCAAAAGGGUAAGAGUCAAUAAUAAAAUAACCUCUCUAGAAAGUUACUAUACCGAAUUUGUGUAAAAUAAAUGUAAAAGUUUACAAAUAUAUUUUUCUAUAGUUUUUGGUAAUAACGAAUCUCGGAUUUGAAAAAAAAAUGUUGACAAUUUGUUGUGUAAAAUUUAUCCCAGUGCAUUUAUUGUUCUUGUAAUCUUAGCGUAAGACUAAGUAAUGGGAAAUAAAUGAUUUAUUUUUUUCAA